AUGACUUCGCCAGCAUAUAGCCAUCACUUCUCCAUCAACAAUCUCCCCUUUGGAGUGGCAUCCUCAUCCCAGCAUCCUCAACCCCAAUGUGCUACACGCCUCAACAACACCGUCAUCUUCCUCGGAGACCUGCAGCGAGCCGGUCUCUUCAGCCAGGUCUCCGGUCUGCCAGCGGGAACAUUCGACAACUCCACCCUGAAUGCCUUCGCAGCCCUAGAUAAACCAGUCCACAAGCAAGUCCGACAAGCGCUGCAAUCUGCCUUGCAAGAAUCCGGAGUCGAGCACCUGCCCACAGGCAGCAUGGAACCCAUCACUGCUGUCCAGAUGCAUCUUCCCGUCUCCAUUCCAGCGUUUACGGACUUCUCUUGCAGCCUCGACCACGUCAAAAACGCAGGCAGGGCAAUCCUGAACGACGAAACCCCGCCACCAGGUUUCUUCCACUUCCCCAUCGGCUACGGCAGCCGCGCAAGCACUAUCGUUCCUUCAGGGACACCAAUUACCCGGCCCCUAGGCCACUUCUACGACAGAUCCGCGCCGACCGAGAAGAAGCCCGUGAUCUACGAGCCCUCACGGGCAAUGGACUACGAGGUCGAGAUCGGUGCUGUAGUCGGCAAGCCCCUGCCACCGCACCACGGUCUGAACGCCAAGGACGCAGACGAGCAUAUAUUCGGGCUGGUGAUUCUGAACGAUUGGAGCGCCCGCGACAUCCAAGGUCUUGAAAUGGUCCCUCUCGGCCCGCUUAACGGCAAAGCCUUCGGAACCACCAUCUCCCCCUGGAUCGUGACUCUGGACGCGCUGGAGCCAUUCAAGGCCCCCGGUCCUGAACCCCGCGUCUCGCUGCCGAGACACCUCCAGGACACUGUUGACUUCAACUACGCCAUCAGCAUGAAGGUCGAGCUGGAGCAUGGCGCGUCCACGACGCUGCUGAGCGAGUCCCAGGCCCGGGACCUAUUCUGGAGUUGUCGGCAGAUGUGUGCGCAUCUCGCCAGCACGGGGUGUGACUUACGGACGGGAGACAUCCUGGGCACGGGCACGGGCGGGAAGGUGCCUCUGGCGUUGUCAGAUGGGUCGCCGAGACACUUCUUGCAGGAUGGGGAUGUGGUGAGGAUGUCGGCGGUGGCCGGGGAUGUCUCGUCGGGUGUCGGGUUCGGCGAGUGCGUUGGUGAAUUGAAGCCAGCAAGGGCGGUCCAGUAG